AUGGCACGCAUAAUCACAUCAACUAUAGGACGGGGGCGACGGAUCUUAGGUCGGCCAGACGGCUGGGGUUCUUUCUGGAGAAGGAGAUUAUCAAGCCUGAGAUCAGGCUUGAGUUAUGCGGAAGGACCUACCGAGCCAGCUUUGCUACGGUGCACGAUACCAGAUCAUUUCGCUUCAAUAGUCUCGAAAUAUGGUGACAAGCCGGCAGUCAUGGCUCGAUCUCCUACUAUCGGGGGUUCGUUGCGCUCUGCAAGUGCUUCUGAUGCCACCUUCGACUCACAAACUACGGUUUUGACUUAUGAGGCCCUUGACACCUCGUCAAACACCCUUGCAGACUCCUUACGGUCAUUGGGCGUCAAGAAAGGAGAUCGCGUGGCCGUCAGCCUGGGAAACGUGACCGAGAAUGCUGUUCUCACGUAUGCUAUCUUCAAGCUUGGUGCGAUAUUAGUGCCUCUAAAUCCGACUUUCAACCAGCAACAGCUGGUUGCCGCGCUUGCUCAUCUGAACGUGGAGGUCCUCAUCAUCGGAGCCGUCACGGAUCUUGCAUACAAGCCGUGCCGGGGUCGAAGCAACCUACCCAUGCUAGAAUCUUUCUUGCCGAACCUCAGGGGCAAAAUCGAGUCAUCAAAAGUUCCCAGCUUAAGAACAGUGGUACUUGUCGACAACACAGGCUCACAUCCCAAAGUCCAGUUCCCGGUCGACGAGCUUCGCGCUCUUACGCCUUACUCGACACUCCUUGGCGGCUCAUCACGUCCCAUCAGACCUGAUUCGCCAUUGUCAGCCGAUGAGACUAUCAACAUACAAUUCACGAGCGGAACGACGUCAUUGCCCAAAGCAGCGAUGCUGUCCCAUACUAACGUUCUCAACAACGGCUAUUUCAUAGGAAAGCGUAUGGGUCUGACACCCGAGGACAGAAUUGCUGUCCCGCCGCCCCUGUUUCACUGCUUUGGAUGUGUGUUGGGAUACAUGGCGACUGCCACAACGGGAGCAGCGAUCCUCUUCCCGUCUCCCGCCUUUGAUCCCGCUGCUAGUCUGCACAUGAUAGCUGAGCAGCAAGCCACGGGACUUUAUGGUGUUGCGACGAUGUUCGUGGCCGAGCUCGAGCUUCUGGCCAACCCGGCAUUCGCAUCGAAAAUACCAGAAGAGGCUUUCAAGAACUUGAGGAAAGGCAUCGCCGCGGGUAGCUCGGUGCCAGAGUCUCUCAUGCGCAGACUUUUCAAGACUAUCGGCUUGCAGGAUCUAGUGAUCUGCUACGGACAGACCGAGACAAGUCCAGUGUCGAUUAUGACCGCUCCAGACGACCCGUUUGAGAAGAGAACUGGCACUGUUGGCAAAGUGAUGCCCCAUACCGCCGUCAAGGUCGUUGAUCCUCACGACCGCACCAAGAUCCUUCCAGUCGGUGAGAGAGGCGAACUGGCUUCUUCCGGCUAUCUUGUCAUGAAGGGUUAUUACAAUGACGCUGCUCGUACGGCGGAAGAUAGAAUUGAGGACGAAGAAGGUCGUGUAUGGAUGUACUCAGGUGAUGAGGCCCGAAUGGACGAGGACGGGUUCAUCGAGAUUACCGGUCGCAUAAAAGAUCUGAUCAUCAGGGGUGGUGAGAACAUACACCCGCUCGAAGUCGAGAAUUGCAUCUUCGAGUGCCCUGGUGUACAAGAUGUCAGCGUUGUCGGGGUGCAUGAUGAGAAGUACGGGGAGUCUGUGGGGGCUUUUGUCGUCCCUGCGAAAGGAUGGGAGGUUUCUGAUGAUGAAAUAUCGCCGGAUGUUGUACAAAAACAAGCAAAUAUUAUUCGAAAAGGAGACAUAAGGCAAUGGGUCAAGGAAAAGCUCAGCGGGCAUCUGGCACCCAAGCAUAUCUGGUGGAUAGACGAAUACCCCAAGACAGCCAGCGGGAAGAUACAAAAAUACAAGCUGCGGGAGGUGGCCAUGAGCCGGCUCAAGGAGGGCUCGUAG